AUUGCCUUUAAAAGGCUAAAUGCUCCGGACUAAAUUUGGUCAUGCAGCUCUGCAUGGUUCCCUGGAAUGUCCUCGGGUUUCAAGCUCCCCUGAUAGCACCAUUCCCCGCCUCCCUCUGGGCUCCAUUGGCUUCCCAGCUCCCGAAUCCCAGCCGGAUCCUCUUAUUGGCCAAGCCCUGGACCGAGGGGUGUCCCCUCUUUAGAACCACUAUAUCCCCGGGCUGCAGGGAUUGAGAGCUGCCGAGAUUUAACACUUCAGCACCUGCUGCUCCCGGGGGAAGCCGUGUUGGAGCUUCCUCUUCCCUAGUUGUGGGGUUUUUUUCUCCUCCCUUGGGUUCCCACACAACCGCCACCGUGUCUCGCCAGAGAGCCAAGAUGUCCAAAGUGGCCAAAUAUCGGCGACAAGUUAGUGAAGAUCCAGACAUCGACAGCUUGUUGUCCACUCUGUCUCCCGAGGAGAUGGAAGAGCUGGAAAAGGAGCUGGAUGUGGUGGAUCCAGAUGGAAGCAUCCCUCUGGAGCUGAGUCAGACAAACCAAAAGGACAACUCCCCGGGCGGGCAGCAGAACCGCGACACGGUGCUCAACCACUGCGAGAAGGAGACCAGGAAAGUGAUCCAGAGGGAACACUCCAUAGAUGAAAGCAGAUUGAGCGAGAAGAAGAAAGGAGACAAAAAUGAAGAAGAAAAGGGAAAGGAAGCACCUGCCAAGGACCUGGCCCGGAAAAGAGAGACAAAAGUGGGGAAAGACUCAAAAAAGGAAGAAAAUGUUGAGAAACCAGACCCAAAAGUCAAAGCUGAGACUGAGACCAAGGCCAAAGAGGAGAAGGCCAUCAAUGACAAAGUCAAGGCCAUGGAGAAAAAGCUGAUGGGGAAGGACAAAAAGGAGGAAGAGAAGAGCUCAGCAGUAAAGAAGGACGUGGGGAAGGAGAAAAAGGAGGAAGAAAAGGGCUCAGCAACAAAGGACACAGGGAAGGAGAAGAAGGUGGAAGAAAAGGGCUCAGUUUUAAAGGACACAGGGAAGGAGAAAAAAGAGGAAGAAAAGGGCUCAGCAGAGAAGAAGGAGACGGGGAAGGAGAAAAAAGAAGAAGAAAAGGAUUCUGCCCUGAAGAAGAGCCCAGGGAAGGACAAAAAGGAGGAAGAGAAGAGCUCGGGAUUAAAGAAAGAGGUGGAAAAAGACACAAAGGGAGAAGAUAAGAAAGAAAAAGGUAAAAAGGAAGAGGAAAAGAGCUCAGCUUUGAAAAAACCCAAGGCAGGUGAGGAGAAAUCCCAGGCAGAGGAGGAAAAAGCAGGGGAGAAGAAACAGGAGACCAAGGUGGCAGCGGAGAGCAGCCCCUCCAAGCCCACCACCACCAGCAGCUCCCCGGAUCAGGCCAAGGAUGAUGAGGCCUCCAGCAUCUUCGAUGAGCUCAUCGAGAAGGUGAAGAACAACGACGCCGAGGUGACCGAGGUGAACGUGAACAACUCGGACUGCAUCAACAACGAGACCCUGGUGCGCUUCACCGAGGCCCUGGAGUUCAACACCGUGGUCAAGCUCUUCGCCUUGGCCAACACCCGCGCCGACGACCACGUGGCCUUCGCCAUCGCCAUCAUGCUCAAGUCCAACAAGGUGUUGACCAGCAUCAACCUGGACUCCAACCACAUCACGGGCAAAGGCAUCUUGGCCAUCUUCCGGGCGCUGCUGCAGAACGACACGCUGACGGAGCUGAGGUUCCACAACCAGAGGCACAUCUGCGGGGGGAAGACGGAGAUGGAGAUCGCCAAGCUCCUGAAGGAGAACACCACCCUCCUGAAGCUGGGCUACCACUUUGAGCUGGCCGGGCCACGCAUGACGGUCACCAACCUGCUGAGCCGCAACAUGGACAGGCAGAGGCAGAAACGCCUCCAGGAGCAGAAACUGGCACAGGAACGUGGGGAGAAGAAAGACCUUCUGGAGGUGCCCAAGCCCGGAGCCCUGCCGAAGGGGUCUCCCAAGCCGUCCCCCCAGCCGUCUCCCAAGGCUUCCCCCAAAAGCUCUCCCAAGAAAGGGGGGGCACCCACCGCGCCGCCCCCGCCGCCUCCGCCGCUCGCCCCACCGCUGAUCGGCGAGAACCUGAGGAACUCCCUCUCCCCAGCCACGCAGAGGAAGUUGGGAGACCGGGCCCUGCCCGUCCAGGAGAAGAACUCACGGGACCAGCUGCUGGCGGCCAUCCGCUCCAGCAACCUCAAACAGCUCAAGAAGGUGGCGGUGCCGAAGCUGCUGCAGUAGGAGCGGGAGGGGCGGCCCGGUGGUGGCCCGAGGGACACCGGCCUUUCUCGUGACUGUCUCCACGACAAGCCCUGCGGGACCCUGCGGCGACCGACGCCGAGGAGCAGCGAUCUCUCGGGGACGGACAGACGGACGGGCUGGCCCCAGGGCGGCCACCGCGGCCCCUCCGUGUCUCACGGAAGGAGGACGUUGUCGUCGGCUUUAUGAUGUUGAGGGCUGCCAAGCCCUUCAAGCUGCCACCAGCACCGCGACCCGCCCCUGGGGACACCGGAAUGAGGAGGGGUCUGCAUGGGAAACUCCCCUCGGAGCGUGGCCGGGGAAGGGGAGGGGGGGGGUGGCACCUGCCACCAUCCCGGCUUGCCUGAUGGCCCCGAGGUGGCCCAAGGCUGGGGCGAGCGGGGGGACCCUCCCCACCUUGCAGGGGGACAGCCUGUUGUCACCUCACGGCUCCUGUCCCCAGGGGGUCUCAAGGUGGCCA